CGUUGCGUGACAAGAAAAACAUAAACAGCCCCGGCGGCCUUGUGGGGUCCAUUUAACACAUUUAGUGCUCAGUGGGAAAGUAAGCACAAAAUGGCCCGCUUUCUUUUUCUUAUUUUAGCCGUUUUAUGUGCAGCCACAUCGUCACAGUUUAUACCGCCGUAUACAGAAGACUGUCGGACUGGAAUGUAUCCUCCGAGUGGGCCCACGUUUAAAGGCGCUGUGAGCUGGUACACUGUGGACCUUGACUUGGCGCCCAAGGAGAGAUGGUCGGCUGUGAUCGCUGACAAAAAGACACAGUUGGUCAGCAUGAUCCAAGCCAUCCGAGACUUGGCCAACGCUUUUGUUCCCGGUGGGAAGCUCAUCGAGCUGGUGGACGUCACUCUGCCUUUGAUCGUCAACACGCUCCCGUACCCGUUUGGUGACGAAAUUAAAGGAAUAGCAGCCGCUUCGGGUGUUCCUCUCGGUGAGGUGAUCCUGUUUAACAUCUUCUACGAGGUGUUCACCGUGUGCACCUCAGUGGUUGCAGAGGACGCAAACGGAAACCUCCUGCAUGGUCGCAACCUGGAUUUUGGUUUGUUUAUGGGAUGGGACGUGAAGAACAAAUCUUGGGUCCUGAGUGAGCUGCUGAAGCCUUUAGUGGUCAACGUGGACUUCAAGAGGAACAACCGCACCGUCUUCAAGUCCACAAACUUUGCCGGUUACGUCGGCAUGCUGACCGGCGUCAAACCUAACACGUUCACCCUCACCAUGAAUGAACGCUUCAGUCUGGACGGAGGAUACAUCGGAAUCCUGGAGUGGAUCCUUGGAAAGCGAGACGGGAUCUGGAUGAGUUUCCUCACGCGCUCUGUACUGGAAAACGCAACCAGCUACGAGGACGCGAAGUUUGGCUUGGCUCAGACGAAGCUUCUGGCUCCUGCCUACUUCAUCCUGGGAGGAAACCGCACAGGGCAAGGUUGCAUCAUCACCAGAUCCAGACUCACCAGUCUUGAUGUCCUCGAGAUCGAUGUGAAGCUGGGCCGCUGGUUCGUGCUGGAGACAAACUACGACCACUGGAAGGAGCCGCUGUUUCUGGACGACCGCCGCACUCCCGCCGUCAAGUGCAUGAACCAAACGUCGCAAGCCAACGUUUCCUUGAAGACACUGUACGACGUGCUGUCCACUAAGCCCGUACUCAACAAGGUAAGUGAUUUUGAUCCUAGAAUGUCCAGUGGUAAUAUUUUUUUCUUGAUGCCAGUUGACGACGUACACCACGCUGAUGCAAGUGUCGUCUGGCACGCUGGAGUCGUACAUCCGCGACUGCCCCAGCCCCUGCAUGCCUUGGUAAACCCGCCACCGCCUCCCCACUGUCUCAGCCAAUGGAAAUCAGCAUUUAAUCAACCUUUCUGGAGGCGCGCUCUUAUUUAAUAAUUUUUGAGGCCCCAAAAUAUCAAUCGUCAUGUGUACAUAGUGUCAAUAAAUGCUAAUAAAUGUCCUUAACCAAUGUCAGAAUGGUUCCAGGUGCAGGAUGGCCACCAUUUCACAUUUAAAAAAAUACUGACACUUGUUUUUUCCCCCCCCCCAAUACUUAACUAAAAAUAUUUUUUUUUAACUAAAUGUAUGUUUGCCUUUUAUUGUGUGAUCACUUCUGUAAGCUUUGGAUUGCUCCUGUGUAUUUAUUGGACUUGUUGAACUGUUUAGAAAAAAUAUGGUAUAAUUACAGAUCAUUUUUACCAAUGUACUACUGUCAGGUUUAUACUGGCAAUUUUAACCAAUAUGUAAAUUUCUUUUUUGGGGGGGGGGGGGAACCACAAAGUCCCUUUAAGUCAAAACAGUUUUUACAAGAAAAUAACUGGUGAGGUUUAGAGUUACAGUAUACUUUUAUUUUUACAAAAUUGCCAAGAAUUAAUUUUUUAGGCAGCACGUGGACCAACUGGUCUGCCUCACAGUUCUGAAGACCAGGGUUCAAAUCCCGGGCCCCCCUAUGUGGAGUUUGCAUGUUCUCUCCGUGUUUCCUCCCAGAGCACAAAAACGUGCAUGUUAGGUUGAGUGAAGACUCAAAAUAGCACGUAGGCGUGAAUAUGUGCACUGCGAUUGGCUGGCGACCAGUUCAGGGUGUACACCACCUCGCGCCCAAAAAUAGCUGGGAUAGGCUCCAGCACGCCGGCGACCCUUGUGAGGAUAAAGGGGUACAGGAAAUGGAUGGAUGUACUUUUUUUUUUUUUU